CUGACCUUGACCACAUUCAUGCCGCGUCAGACAACCCCAGGAGCAGUCCUUACGCAGGCAAACUCUAAGAAACGCGCACUUUCCGAGGACGAAGACUCAGAUGCAAGUCCAGAAAUUAAAAGGCCUCGACGGUCGGUAGACAACACCCCCACUGGGCGCGACAAGAAGAAGCGGCAGAAGAAGAAAAGAAAGAAAAGCUCUGUAGUGGCCCCGAUAUCCACCGUCAGUGUCAAUAGCUCGACGACGCGUGACCCUCCGUCUUCACGGCCGAGUUCGGCCAAGGGAAAGUACAAGGCUUCCUCUGAACCACCGGACGAUGAUGUCGGUGGAAAUACUGAGUCAGGGGACCGUGAGGAAGAGGCCGACCCUUCUUCUGCGACGAUUGCCCGACUGAAUCAAGAGUUCAAGGCUCAAAGUGCCGUGUUGAAGAAACACGAGUUACUAUUAGCACAGCUCGUCCAGUCUCUGACGUGUCAAAUCUGCCUCGAUGCCUUGUACAAGCCAUACUCGCUGUCUCCUUGCGGUCAUGUUGUCUGUUACAACUGCCUUGUUCAAUGGUUCACUACCGAGCCCGACGAGGAGCAUGCCCAUGAAUACCCCCUACCUCGCAAGAAGACUUGUCCUCAUUGUCGUGCCAGAAUCCGCGACCGGCCGGCCGAAGCCUGGAGCAUUAAAGAUAUGGUCGUUGGACUGGUGAAGAGUGAUCUGGUCCCAACUUUCUCUGGACUUCCCCCUCCGCCACCUCAACUACCUGGUCAAGGUUUGAACAACGAGGACGUUCCCAAAGACCCAUGGCACAAUAUUUUCCACUAUCCCCAUCAACACCCUGGCUUCCACCCUCUAAUGCACAAUGGAGAGCAGCCCUCAGUCGAGGAUAUGGGCAUGCUUGAUCUGGAAGAUGGUGGAAUAUAUCGCUGUCUUGACUGCAUGAAUGAGAUUUGGGAUGGCGUCUGCACUUCGUGUCAUCGCGUCUACCCCGGACAUCAAGCAGGGCCAGACUUUGCCAACAUGUUUGACGAUGGCGAAAGUCUAGACGAUGGAGAUGGAGAUGAGGAUGAGCAGUUGUUUUUCCCACACUGGUUUCCUAUGCACGUCAAUCUCGAGGAUGAAGACGAAAGCCAUCGAGACCUCAGUGAAGACGAAGAAGGUGGAUACGACAGCUUCAUUGAUGAUGACGAAGACGAUGUCAAUGGCUCUCAACAUGCUGCCGAAAUAAUCGAAAUUGCCGAUUCAGACGACGACGAUGAUGUCCAUUAUUUGCCUCCUCGUCGACGUGUCCCAAGAUUUGUCGAAAUCAACUCCUCUGAUUAUGAAGUUGAGGGUGAAAAUUACCGAUCUCCGUCUGGGUCUCCCCCACCAAUUCGAGCUGGCAGCCGCAGAGCUCCCAACCAUCCUAACUCCUCUAAUAGGCGGUUGGAGCGUAACGUCGUUGUCAUCAGUGACGAUUCUGAGGGCGAAGACUCGGAUGAGCCAGAGCCUGUUCAGUCAUCUGGGAACCGCAGAACCCAUCUCGACGAGGAGGAUUCCGAAGAUGAACCGGACCCAAACCAUGGCGGGGGCGGUUGGGAUGAUUUCGAUGAAGUACGACAUCACGCUGAAUAUGAGGGGGAAUAUAGCGAAAACGACGAUUAUAGCGACUGA